GCCUCAUGGCCAUGGGAACCUGACGGAAACAAACCGCGGCUCCUUCCCCAUUGGCACGCAGCUACAGUACAGCUGUGAUCCAGGAUACACGCUGGAUGGCUACAGCAUCAUCACAUGUACCGUCUCAGGCCACUGGUCCUCUGACCCACCUCGCUGCAUCAAAAAUGAUGUUUGUCAACCACCGAGUGAGCCAGAGAACGGAGGAUAUAACUGCCACCCCUCGCCGUGCCACAGACUGGCCCAGGGUACCGUGAUCGAGUUCUUCUGUGAUGAGGGUUACAUUCUGAAAGGAGGGUACCAUUUCCGGACUUGUGACAACGGAGAGUGGAAGUUGCCCAUGCAGAUCAGUUGUCACUCUGUGCAAGGGGAGGAGCAAUCCCCGCUGCCCAUGUCAGCUCUGUCUAUCGUGGCCUCCACUGCCAGCACUGUGGCCUUCAUCCUGCUGUUGGUGGUGCUGUUUGUUUUGCUUCAGCCCAAACUCAAGUCCUUCCACCACAGCCGCAGCCGGGAGCAGGGUGUGUCAGGACAGCCUACCUCCAUCAUGGUGGAGGGCGUUCAGGUCUCACUGCCCUCCUACGAAGAGGCAGUGUAUGGCGCAGGCGGCAGUUCUGUGCCCCCUCCUGAGUCCCGGGUUCAGAUCGUGCUGUCGGAGGGCCCUCAGGCCGAGGGUUUGAACGAACCUCUCGAACAGGCUCAGGCGAGUUACAGUUUUCCCUCCACCUCCACUGCUGUGUCUUCAUGUCACGCAGAGACUGUAUUGGUACACCAGGUGCCCUCUUCCUCCUCUCCGUCCUCCUCAUCCUCUCCCUCCUGGGCUGCUGAGCAGCCUGGUGCCGCUGCACCUCUCCACCGCAGGCAGAGCAGCGAGAGCAACGAUCAGCACAGCUUGCUUUCAGUCACCUCUGCCGAAGAUUAUGGUGAUGAGCGUGAGCCCUCACAUGUCACGCGCUUAUGUGAAGUACAGACUGAACGG